GAGAAGAGUUGUUAAUGUCAAAAAUCACAAGUUCAAAUGUCAAAAUUUUACUGAUUGACAACAUUGACAAUGACAGAUCAGAAGUUUUGUUAUCGAUAAUUUUUAUUCAAGAUUAAAACUAAUUAAAAGUAGCGCAUAUUUUACUGUAAUGUUUUGUUAUAAUAUUAUAGAGUGAUAAUAACAUAACCUCUAGACUUUCCAAACAACGAAUAUGGAUCGAAAUUUAUCUGGCGAUGAUCAAUCUUAUAUUCAAAAAGUACAGUAUAUGUCCCUUAAUGAUCAGGAUUCACGUUAUAUGAGGAGUGCAGAAUCAUCAGUACCCAAUUUCCAACAGAAAUCGAUUGGAGCAAUAGAAAGCUUUACCAGAGAUCAAAGGGAUAUUCAGAAACAGGAAUAUGCUAUGUAUGAAAGAAACAACAUUAUAGCUAGUUCAAAAUAUGCAACUCCCAAACGUGUUGAGACAAUUGCAAGCCAAAAAACUUAUGAUGAAGAUGAUGUGUAUGUACAGUGUGCAAAACCACAAGUCCCUAUAACAUCAAGUCCUACACAUUCACUCAGUGGAUCAUCACAACACUCAGGAAGCCCUAGAGCAAGUAUGGCUACAAAUUCAGCUGUCUAUGAAAAUGUAGAGUACAAUUCUAAAAAAAUGCCUUAUUAUGGUACUAGCAACAAUUCAGUAGGGUUUAGAAAAGCUCAACCUCAGGUCCCAACUGGUAAUAAUAGACAUAAUGCAGAAAUAGAUGGUCUACCUGUAUAUGAAAAUUUACAUAUGUCUCAAAAGAGUUUGGGAGCUAUGCCAGGGCCUCAAGUUCCAUCAAAUGCACCCCCACCUUACAAUUAUCAGUAUUCUCAACAUUCUGUGUAUACCCCUAUGCAAGCACCCAAUAUGAGUAAAGCUCAACCUCAAUCACCAUAUAAUAAUUAUAAUAAAUCACCUUCUAAGAGUUUAACACAGCAACAACUAGAAGAAUUGAACAGCAGUGAUUAUGUGUGCAUGACAGGAAAUGUAUCCCAUACAACAUUAAAUACAAAUACCCCAUUUCAAACUACAUCAGCCAAAAAUUAUGAUAGAUCCGUAGCAACUGGUAUUGCUCAGACUCCAACAAAAACAGUGCCACCUAAAGAGAUUAAAAAACCAGCUCCUUUACCCCAAAAAGUGGAAAAACAGCCAUCUCCAGCACCAAGCCCAACUCCUAGUCUCUAUAGUAAUCCUGGCAGCAGAUUAAAAAUGACUGGUAAAAAUUUGUUACCCUACAGUGUUACACCUCCAAAACCAAGGGGACCUACUGAGGCUGAAAGAAAAAUUGAAGAAAUGACUAGACAAAUUGAGGAAGAAAUGGAAAAACAUGAAGAAGAAGGAGAGUACUUUGGUAUUUGCCAUACUUGUGGAGAGAAAGUAACAGGUGCAGGACAAGCCUGUCAAGCCAUGGGCAACUUAUAUCACACCAAUUGUUUUAUUUGUUGUUCUUGCGGAAGAGCUUUAAGGGGAAAAGCAUUUUAUAAUGUGCAUGGAAGGGUCUACUGUGAAGAAGAUUACCUAUAUUCUGGAUUCCAGCAAACAGCGGAGAAGUGUGCCAUUUGUGGACAUCUGAUUAUGGAAAUGAUUUUACAAGCGAUGGGAAAAUCUUAUCAUCCAGGCUGCUUCAGGUGUUGUAUCUGCAACGAAUGUUUGGAUGGUGUUCCAUUUACUGUUGAUGUUGACAAUAAAAUAUAUUGCGUGAAUGAUUACCAUAGGAUGUUUGCUCCUAAAUGUGCAGCCUGUGGAAAAGGUAUUACGCCUGUAGAAGGUACAGAAGAAACAGUUAGAGUAGUAUCAAUGGAUAAAGAUUUUCAUGUUGAUUGCUACAUAUGCGAAGAGUGUGGCAUGCAAUUAACGGACGAACCCGACAAGCGCUGUUAUCCUUUGGAAGGUAGAUUGAUGUGUCGAAACUGCCACAUACAAAGACUGCAACACAUGCCGAGCCAGAUGCAUCCAGUUCCUGCAACAUAUCAAUAUACUGGUUAAGUUACCUACAUUCUAGGCCUCUCUUUUAGUUAUAAAUAUAAUUUAAGUAUUAUACAAUCC